UCUUUAAACAUUCACACACUUUCUCGUGUCUCUCAGGUUUGGGAAGAUUAAAAUUUGAAGACAAAAAAAGUUUGAUUCUUUUUUAGUGGGGUAGUGCGUUUUGUUUUGUUUAACAAUUUUUGAAGAGGAGGGGGAAAUGAGGUGGGAAAAGGUAAAGGGAACAGGAGGAGAAGGACCAGGGAGGAGGUGGGGCCACACGUGUAACGCUGUUAGAGAUGGCAGACUUCUUUAUCUCUUCGGUGGUUACGGCAAAUUUAACUGUCAGACCAACCAAGUUCACGUAUUCGACACUCUGAGGCAGAGUUGGAGUGAACCAGCUGUUAAAGGGACCCCACCUACUCCUAGGGACAGCCAUAGUUGUUCUGUUGUUGGUGAUAGUCUUUUUGUGUUUGGGGGUACAGAUGGGACCAGGCUGCUGAAUGAUUUGCAUAUUCUAGACAUUUCUUCACAUACAUGGAUUUUUCCAACUGUGAGAGGGGAAGCACCAGAGGCACGGGAGGGUCAUGCUGCUGCAGUUAUUGGCAAACGACUAUUUGUAUUUGGUGGUUGUGGGAGAUCUGCAAAUAAUACUAAUGAUGUGUACUACAAUGACCUUUACAUAUUAAAUACAGAAACAUAUACAUGGCAGCGUGCUACAACAUCAGGCACUCCACCAUCUCCUCGAGAUAGCCACACUUGUUCAUCUUGGAAAAACAAAAUUAUUGUGAUCGGUGGUGAAGAUGAACAAGAUUAUUAUCUGUCUGAUGUUCAUGUUCUAGAUACUGAUACUCUUAUCUGGAGCAAAAUGUGUACCUCUAGCCAAUCAUUGCCACCUCGAGCUGGUCAUUGUACAGUUUCUUUGGGCAACAGUUUGUUUGUUUUUGGGGGCUUUACAGAAGCUCAAUGCCUAUACAAUGACCUGUAUAUGCUUGACAUUGAGACUUUUGUGUGGACGAAGGUGGAAACUACACCUAGUGGUCCUUCUGCUAGAUUUUCUGUAGCUGGUGACUGUUUAGAUCCACAUAUGGGGGGUGCUCUUGUGUUUUUGGGAGGUUGUAAUAGAAAUCUGGAGGCCCUGGAUGAUAUGUAUUACCUAUACACAGGUUGA